AUGUUUGCUACCUUGAAUCGUUCUUUGUUGCGCCAGUCGCGUUUGUUUUCUACUUCCAACGUCCAAUUGGGCUCCAAGGUGUUCUUCGACACUAGUAUCAAUGGGUCCAAGCAGGAUAGAAUCGAAUUUGAACUCUACAAUGAUGUAGUCCCAAAGACCGCCGAGAAUUUCAGAGCGUUGUGCACUGGUGAAAAGGGUUUCGGUUACAAAGGCGUUCCGUUCCACAGAGUCAUCCCCAGCUUCAUGUUGCAAGGUGGUGACACUGACUUGACUAGCGGUUACGGAGGAAAGUCCAUUUACGGCAGCAAGUUCCCGGAUGAGAACUUUGUCAAGAAACAUGAGAAGGCCGGUCUUUUGUCCAUGGCGAACUCCGGUCCCAACAGCAACGGUUCUCAAUUUUUUGUCACCACAGUUCCUUGCCCUUGGUUGGAUGGCAAGCAUGUGGUAUUUGGUGAGGUCACCAAGGGUAUGGAUGUCGUGAAGCUCAUCGAGUCGUACGGAACCAUGUCUGGAAGACCUCGUGCCAAAAUUGUUGUUGAGGAGGCUGGCGAGUUGUAA